AUGUGUCGAAGUUUCCACUGGACUGGCCAUAAUUCAAUGAUGGCGGCAGGACGGGGAGUUGGCAUCGGUUCUGCUUCGGCCUCCGCGUCGGCGGAUUACUCAAUGCUGGUGGUGGUCGGGGCGCUGCGGACCAGGGGGCACCUUGAGCGGUUGUUGGUACAGAUCGAGUCGGCGUGUAUACACGUUCCAGGCGUGCGCUGCUGGUGUGUCCCAAUGAAACUGGCCGUUCUGGACCAGCAGCUGAAGCUUUUCGUGUCCAGACACUCAGCCUUCCUGUCAGAGGUGAUCCCCGGUCAGCGGACGUUGCAGCACCGUGGAGACAUUCUGGAAGUGCAAGUAGUGUUGAAUCCAGCUCAUGACCUCGUCUGCUCGGAGGUACGACGUCUAUUGUGCAAGCCUUCUGGACACAAACUGCUGGUUCUGGCCGGCCAGUGUGUGGAGGAAAGCGGAGACAUGGUGCUGCAGAAAGGCUUCUUCUCCCUUGGUGACUUGAUCCAGAUCUGUGCUGAUGAAGAGGUUGGUCUCUUGUGGAACACAAUGGACCCGAUGGCAAAGGCGACUCUGACCCUCAGCUGUCCAAAUGUGGGCCUUUGGAGGGACCCCUUGUUCAAGGAGCACAACCUCCAAGAAUUCCUUAACAUUCAAGUGAACCCUCCCCUGCUCCUGCCUCAGAUGGAGGGUCUGCAAGAGUUCACAGAGUACCUCUCGGAGUCACUGGAGCCAGAGUCACCCUUUGAGCUCCUGGAGCCCCCGAAUACCGUGGGAUUCCUGAAACUUUCUCGGCCGUGUUGCUACAUCUUCCCUGCUGGGAGGGGGGACUGUGCCUUCUUUGCCGUGAAUGGGUUCAAUGUCUUAGUAAACGGAGGCUCGGACCCCCGCGCCUGCUUCUGGAAACUCGUUCGACAUCUGGACAGAAUUGACUCUGUCCUUGUAACACAUGUCGGAACGGACAAUCUCCCUGGGCUGAACAGUCUGCUACUGAGAAAAGUCGCCGAGCAGGACAGCACCUUAGCUGAACGUCAGCUUGAAGAGGAUUGGAUGAAAAAGCUCAUCUCCCCGGAGAUCGGAGUGAUUUUUCUUAAUAUCCCGGAAAAACUGAAGGGUAGCCGGGGAGAUCCCAGUGAGCUCCACAGUGGCGAGCAGGGUGCACAGAUCUUGGAGCACUUCGAAAAACUCUCUUUCAAAGCACAACCUUUGUGGCGGUCCAAUGGGCCCUCCAUCCAGCCGCUUGUCUUGUUCCACAAGAUGGGGGUUGGCCGACUGGAGUUGUACCCUUUGAACCCAGUGAGCGGCAGUAAAGAAUUAGAUGACUUGCUGCACACCGUGCCCAAAAGUUCCAUCAAGAGCUCAGAUCUUCAAUUAGCAUGCCUCACUUCCAUUUGUGCUUUGCUGGUCUGGCAUCCCUUCAGCAAUCGAGAGAAGAUCGUCCGUGUCCUUUUCCCGGGAUGCACGCCCCAGGCCAAAAUCCUGGAUGGACUUGAAAGACUCAAUCAUUUGGAUUUUCCCAGUGUUCCUGUGCUCAGUUCAAAGGACCUGGAAACAUCCAAAAUCGACAAGUUGCCAAAGCAUGCAGAGAGUCGAGAAAGCCUCAAGUCCAGAGACAUGCGACCUGUCGUUGCCUCACAGAAGGACAAAAGUGGGCGAGUUGCUGUGAAAAAACAGGAGGUGAAACCAAAGCCAAAAGCCGGAAGAGAGGCUGCUUUGGGACAAAAAAAAGAGCCAUCAGAGAUGCUCACCUCAAAGAAGGAAGUGAAAAAGAAGGACGAAAGGGUGAAUGCUAUUGCUGUUAAGAAAGAAGAGAAGGAAAGUCUGAAAAACAGUCCAACAACAAAGAGAGAAAACAGAGCUGAAGCCAAAGUUUACAGGAAGAAGGACGACAAGAAAAUGGUGGCAUCAGUGCCGAAAGUAGGUGAAGUGAAAAAAAUCUCAGUCGGUAGUCUGAAGAUGGGCACUUCAAACCAAGUGACAAAAGCUCAUUUAGAGGGGGACAAACGGGACUUGACCACUGAAGAUGGGAACAGGAACUGGAUCCAAACUACCAGUGACAGUUCCAGAAAAAAGCCCCAUGGAACUGAGGCCUUUGCUCAUAAGGACUCCUCUGUCAACUCGAAAGCUUGUGCACUCUCAGAAAAUCAUCAAGCUCAAAGACUUCCCAAUCUGGACUUGAGCAGCUGCAGCCCUUUUGUGGAAGGAUCCCUCAUUACUCAGAACAAGCAGUCCACUCACACAGCCAGAAACAUUCCACACUCCUUGCCCACGUCACCUUCUCUUUCCACUGAGAUGACUGAAGCUGAGGAUACCCUCUCGAUGUCCUCGGAACGAAAGCCGAAAACGGACUCGUCGACAGACUUCCGCUUCGACGGACGUUUGACCGAUUCGUAUCACGAGCGGAGUCAGGAUUUUGCCCCGUCGUUCAAUGAUGGCUGCGUACUCGGAUCAAAGGGCGGCGUUGAUCUGUGCUUGGUAUCGCCUUGCGAGUUCCAGCACCAACACGCAGAAGCAUCCGAGAACCAGCUGCAGCUUCUCAUCUCUCCGCCGUCCUCCCAGGAGCAGGGCAGUGGCAUGGGCCAGCAAAUCCUGCCCACAUCAGCCAAUGACUCUCUCCUCAUGGCCGCAGAGGAAUUUUCUCCCUUGGCCACGGACUCUUACGACGGCUCCAGUAGUACCCUCUAUCCUGGGCCUCCUGAUGUGAGCCUUGCCUUGAUUCCGGCUCGGCGUUUCUCGCCCGACCCGCCAUCGGCCCCAAUCAAGGACUCGCCGCCGUUACCUCCGCACCCUGAAGCUUGCAUGGCAGACAUUGAUGUCUCGAUCAAGGACCAAAAGAUUUAUGUCAGCAAGACAAAGAAAACAGCAGGAACCCUGGAAAGAGGCUCUUCGGGAAGCCUAGCGGUCCACAAUGUCAAGUCCAGGGCCGGUAGCGCCGCGGCAUUUAAAUCGGGCCCCGCCUUUCACAAUAAAGUAUCUGGCCAGAUUUUGCUGGGCGGAUCACGAAAUGCAAGCGCCAAAUCUUCGGUGUCAGUGUCCAGAACUUCUGCUGUCCACGUCGACCUAGCCUACCUGCCGUCCGGGUCUGCCUCAUCCACAGUUGACGCAGAAUUUUUCCGACGCCUCCGCGCUUCCUAUUACGUGGUGAGCGGUGAGGAGUGUGUCAAGGCGGCAGCCAUGAGAAACAUCCUGGACGCUCUCCUUGACGGAAAGAGCAGCUGGCCUGACGCACAGGUUACGCUGAUCCCAACAUUCGAUUCUGUGGCCAUGCAUGAGUGGUACCAGGACACCCGCGAGCAACAAACGCGGCUGUCAAUCACAGUGUUGGGAAGCAACAGCACCGUGGCCAUGCAGGAAGAAACCUUCCCCGCUUGCAAGGUUGAGUUCUAGUUUCAUGGUGAGGACUCCACAGUUGCCGUGGUUAAAGACACACCUUUGAAACCUGCCGCAACCCUUGUCAAUGGCUCAUUUAAGAGUACUCUGGUCAUGACUUCCUGUCACUGGUCUAGGAGCUUAAUGCUAGCAGUCUACAAAAGGGUCCCUGUGCGUUUGCUAGCAACAAGCAAGUUCUUGAGGCAGCGCUAAUUAGGGUUGGCGAGAAGAAUGAUUUGCCGGUGGUUCAGGUGGCUGAGGAGGACUGAAUAAUCCUGAUGUUAGCAUGAAGCUCCCAUCCAGCACAUUAAAAGCUGAAGCUCAUUAUCACAAUGUGCCAACACUCGACUUUGCAUAAGCCUCCCUAGGCCUGCGUUGGCGACCGCUAAGAGGACAGGCAACACAGAUACCAAAGAAAAGCCAAAGUGGCAACCGUCCAACUGGUCUUUUGCUCUGCAAACUCUUCUUUAUUUAUUUAUUGUCGGCCAAUAUUUUCACUGCUCCAUUCUGCAUUUCAACUACUUGGGUUGGAUUGUCUUCUCAUCUGAUACACGCAUACCGGUAAAGACCGAUAUGCUUUGUACAUAGAUAUAUACAUGCAUAUAUGUACCGUAUUCUCUGCACCACAAGGCUUAAAUUUUCUCAAAAAACGAACGUACGCCUUUUAAUAAGUGCGCUUUUGUGUGGACCAAAUUCCAAAAUCCGAAAAGUUGUUUUGUGUGGUGUCUGUAUUAUACAGGCGUAAUAUGAAGAUCGGAUGAACCAAUCAGGACAUUACAUUUUAUGUAGAUCGGGGCAAAAACCAGUCCGAGAACUGUACGUAACAUGUAGAGUACGAGCCGCCACUGAUAAAUAAAUAUUGUUUGUGCAAAGAAAACAGCAUUAGGACCUUCUAUAAUGACAGACAGCGAGACAUGCUUACGAGGCACAAUUAGAGCUUUCUUGAAAGCCAGGAUCAUUGCAGAAGAGCAACGUGACAACGAUUAGAAGAAACUUGCCCAACUGUUUAAUUUGGAUACAGAAGAUGAGGACAUGGACGGAUUUGCGUAUGAAUAUCAAUUAACAAUAACGUGAGUAAAAUAGAGUACAUGGUUAAAAAGUACAAACAAACUCACUGUCUUGCUCCCGUGACGUUUCUUUAAUUUAACGUAAAUCAUGGCAUGCAUGCGCCCUAUAAUCUGGUGCGCCCGCCCUAUGUGUAGGUUAAACCUUUCAACCCAAAGUGCCUUAUGGUUCGGAAAAUACAGUACUUGGAUGCAGUUGUUCGGUUUAACAAUUUAUCUAUCAGGUGAUCCUUUUAGGUUUCAAAUAAAAGCAUUUAAAAUUGCUUUAUUUGGGGGAAAAAAUCCAAUUUUUUCAAUGUACCGUUUUUUUCCGUGUAUAGUUUGCCCCCAUGUAUAGUACGCACCCUAAGAAUGGCAUGCUGAUGCUGGAAAAAAGCUUGUACCCAUGUAUAAUACGCACCCAAUUUUUAUGAAUUUUAAAAAAAAAAAAUUUAAAUUUUUUUUUUUUUUUUUUUAAGUCCCAAUGAUCGUCACACACGCAGGGAGGCAAUGGGUCCCAUUUUUAUAGUCUUUGGUAUAGUCUUAACUAGGCUGGAUGUAAUUUUUUUUGUUGGCGUUGAUUUCUCCAACUGUCCCUAAACGCACCACCGCGCUCCGUGCGCGCAUGGGCUGCGGACGUGAAAAAGGCGGAUCUGUAUGGGAGAGACGUUGAAGAGGAAUAAAAAUGUUUCGGAUUUGUGUAGGGUACAUUGUGACAGACAGCAAACUAGCAGGUGAUCGAGCGAGCGUCUGAUAUAAGAGCAUUGCGGUCGUAUGGAGCGUGUUUGAAGUGAACAGCAGAGACGAAAGGAACAAGGCAAAGUGUUGUGAAAUAAAAUAUUACCUGUAAUACGCAUUUUGUUAUUUGCUGAUUGAAACUGCUAAUUAAACUGUGAAUUGAAACUAAUAGGAAGAAAACAUAUCUUGCUCUUAAUAUAGCUGACGUGUCUUGAGCAUACGAUGUGUCGUCAAUUAUGGAUUCUUUUGACUAAGUGUGUUGGGCAGGAUGGCUGAAUGCGAUGCGCGAUUGACAACAAACAAGAAGAAAGGUGAGUUUUAUUUCGAGGGAGAUUUGUCAUGUCUCGUCCCCAGUUUUGCUAUGUGUCUAGGUUGCCAUAGUUUCUGUUCGCGUCGCCCCUCUCUUCCUGUGUCACCUCAAUCGAUGUAACGUGUUUUGUAUUUAAGUCCUGUCUGCCCCUCGCUCACCGUUGGAUCAUUGCAUGUGUUACUGUCAUUCUGUUCCUGUCUUUGGUAAUGUCACCCUGUCUUUUUGUUCCACGACUUUGUCGGUCAGUCCUGUUGUUGGUUUUGUUGUACCAUGACUUUCUUUAAAAAAAAAAAAAAUUAAAAAAAAAAAAAAUUUAAAAUUUUUUUUUGUACCCAUGUAUAAUACGCACCCCAGAUUUUAGGACAAUAAAUUAGUUAAAUUUUGCGCACUAUACACGGAAAAAAAACGGUAGUUUUAUGGAACUCAAAUGUUUUCGUCUUAAAGGAGCCAUAUCAUGGAAAAUCCACUAUUUUUGCUUUUAUGUUCAUUUUAUUGUGCCCUUGGAGUCUCCAAGAUUGUAGAAAAGUGUCAUCUAUCCCUCCAGGUGUUGCAGAGAUACUUUUAUUAUCUGUUUGGGGGCUAUUUUUUACUCUGUUCAAUUUUCUAUUAUGUAUUUAUCUAUUACGUCACAUCCUUUGGGGAGGGACUACCAAAAGGUAAUGGUUUCGCAAAUCCGCCAUCUUUAUUACUCGAAGAGACUAAUGUAGUCCACACAACUCAAGGAUGCCAAAGUCGGAAGAUCAAAAUGUUCUGUUAUUAGAUCAGUGCUUCUCAAUUAUUUUCUGUUACGCCCCCCCCUAGCAAGAAGAAAACUAUUCGCGCCCCCCCUCCCCACCGUGACUAUCCUAACUUGUCUUGUAAGUCGUAAAAUGUUGCACUGUCGCAAACGUGACAGAAGUAACAAUGACAGCGCCACUGCCCCCUGCUGUAGUAAACGCGCAAUUACACUUUAUUCUAGUACUGCCAAAAAAAAAGCCUGUUCCCCAGGGUCACACGCGCCCCCCCAGGAAUAGCACCGCGCCCCCCUUGGGGGGCGCGCCCCACUAUUUGAGAAGCACUGUAUUAGAUGCAUCAAUCCACACAACUCUUUGCCCCAGCAUUAGAACCUCAAAGCAGUGCCUGGUCAAAAUUCAUUUUUCAAGCAGUUCCCUGCUUGUUCAAGGACGAGUGUUUCAGAAAUCUUUUGUCAGUAUAGAGAGGGAUUCGCCGCAAGACUUUUUGUUGAUGGUUCAAUUCCUUCAAUCUAUGGAAACGACAGACAGUAAAGUGGUAAGCUUGAGAUGACACAAAAUUAAUAAACCAUUUCACUUUCA